AGAAUCAUUAAUGCAUUAAAACUAUUUGACCAGGCAACAAAAUUUUUUUCGGGAAGCAAAUAUCCUACCCUUUCAAUAAUGUAUUCCAUCAUUCAUGAAUUACAAAAUAAAUUUAUAGAGUUUAGUUUAGAGUUGAGUAAUGAUAAUGAAAAUAGUGAUAACAAGGAUGACAUGUUAUUAGAUUCUGAAAAUGAUGAUGAUAUUCCACCACCGCCACCUGAUUUUGAUCAAAUAGAAAAACAAUUUAAAAUUGCUAUUACUGAUUCUUUGAAUAAAUAUUGGCACAAAUUUCAACGAGAAAAGGCUAAAACAAAAUUAAGGAAUGAAUUUGAGAAUUUACAUCUUAAUAUUACUAGCAAUGAUCAACCAGAGCAACAAGCAUUACCAUCAAUGGUCACUGAAAUAAUGCAAAAUCUAUUUUUUGAAGGUAUUUUUGGAGUACGAAGUCAAGAAGAUACACCUUUAGAUGAGGUAUACACGAUCUAUGCUAAAAAAGUUAAAUACAAAGAUACUAGCAUAAUCAUUAUUAUCAAAAGUGUGGUAACACUUAUGUCUACUAGAGAAAUGAGCAUGAAAUUGCUACCGCAUUCGUCCAUCAUGGCUGAUGCGGGGCCUCGAGACCGCAUUCGUCCAUCAUGGCUGAUGGGGGGUCUCGAGACCGCAUUCGUUCAUCAUGGCUGA